UAAACUAUUUAUUAAUGGGAGCAAACCUGAUAUCUGGUAGUAUCCCAGCAGGUAUUGCAGAGCUCAAGAGUUUGAUCUCAUUAGGCAUGGAGGAGAAUCUUCUUACAGGAAGAAUUCCAAUUACUGUGGGAUAUCUUUCAAAAUUACAGAUAUUGUCCAUAUUUGGAAACAGUUUUUCCGGUGAAAUUCCUUCCUCACUUGGAAAUUUAACUUACGUGUCAGAAGUCAGUUUGGACGAAAAUUUUUUACACGGAAGCAUACCUGCAACUCUGGGCAACUGCCAACUACUGCAGAAUUUAGGCCUCUCAGGAAACAACCUUUCUGGGGCCAUACCAUUUCAAGUUAUUGGUCUACCUUCCUUGGCAGGAUGGUUGGACUUGUCUAACAAUUGUUUAACCGGCACCAUACCUGUGGACGUAGGCAACUUGAAAAAUCUCAGAAUGCUAGAUUUAUCAGAGAAUAAGUUAUCAGGCGAAAUUCCGAGUUCACUUGCUAGUUGUGAUGGCCUGACGAGCCUAAAUCUUAGUGGCAAUUCCUUUCGGGGACAUAUCCCUCCUUUAAGUUCUUUAAAAGGUCUUGAAAACCUUGAUCUUUCCCGGAACAACUUUACUGGGGAAAUUCCCAAAUUUCUCAAUACAUUUAUGUUCUUGCAAACGUUGAACCUGUCCUACAAUAAUCUCAAGGGUGAGGUACCAAGAGAAGGUAUCUUUAAAAAUGCAAGUGCGAUUUCAAUCAUAGGAAAUGAUCAGCUUUGUGGUGGAAUCCCAGAAUUGCAUUUGCCUAGCUGCACAUCGGUAGGCUCCAGGAAUUUAUGGCAGCGACGACGCUUCAGAAUAAUAAUUAUAACAGCUUCCUUGGCUAUUUGUUUGCUUUUAAUAUGCUUUUUGGCAAUAGGCUGUUGGAGGAGAAAAGGAGGAAAAGCAUUGGCUGAUUCUCCUAUGGGGGGCAAGUAUUUGAAGAUUUCUUAUGCAGAGCUUCUGAAAGCAACAGAAAGGUUCUCCUCUGCCAAUUUGAUAGGCAGCGGGGGCUACGGUUUCGUGUACAAAGGCAGGCUGGGCCGUGAGGAAACGCCUGUUGCAGUGAAGGUGCUAGAUCUUCAACAAAUGGGAGCUUCAAAAAGCUUCAUUAAGGAAUGUGAUGCCUUGAGGAGCAUUCGACAUCGCAAUCUAGUAAAAAUAAUCACUUCUUGCUCGAGUAUAGAUAACAAAGGCAAUGAAUUCAAGGCUCUGGUCUAUGAGUUCAUGCCUAAUGGAAGUUUAGAAGAUUGGUUGCAUCGGAAUAAUGAAUUGGAAAAUCCCAGGCCAAAUUUGAAAUUGAUGCAACGGCUGAGCAUAGCCAUUGAUAUAGCUAAUGCAUUGGAGUACCUCCACCACCAUUGCCACACACGCAUUGUUCAUUGUGAUCUGAAGCCAAGCAAUGUGCUGCUAGACGAUGCCAUGGUCGCUCAUGUUGGUGAUUUUGGGUUGGCAAGACUGCUUUAUGAGAACCCUCCUCAAGACCCGACCAGCUCAAGUAGGUUAAAGGGCUCCAUCGGUUAUGUUUCUCCAGAGUAUGGCGUCUCUGGAGAGGUUUCAACAUACGGAGACGUGUACAGCUUCGGCAUCGUAUUGCUGGAAAUGUUGACAGGGAAGAGACCAACCCAUGACAUGUUCAGGGAAGGCCUUAGCCUUCACAGAUUUGUAAAGAUGUCGAUUCCAGAUCAGGUAGCUGAAAUUGUCGACUCAACGAUUCUUGAAGAAGCCCUUCAAGUCCAAGUUUGCAGAGGCGUAUUGGAACCAACUUUGCAAGGCAAAAUUCAUGAGAAUCUAGUCUCUUUAUUGAAACUAGGGCUUCAUUGCUCCGCAGAAUUGCCAAGUGAAAGAAAGGAGAUCAAAGAUGUCACCACAGAAUUGCAAAAAAUGCAAAAAUUGUUUCUGGAGCUCUCCUUGUAAUUUCCUCUGAUCUUGCACAGGCUUGUCACAUGUAAGUCUUGUUGAUGAUCAUCACAACAUAGAUUUUACCGUGCGUUUGCUUUAAGAAAACUGUACUACAAAUAAGGGACUAGGGAUAUUUAAUCUUUACCUCAGCAUAGAUUAAGCGUGGGUACAAGUCAGGCUCGUUCAUGCUCAAUAUUUAUGUUCAGCUUGUCUGAGCAAAACGCCAAUCCUGGAAGUGAAACAGAAAAACUAGCUUUGCAAGCUUUCAAAAGUCAGGUUGCCUCAAAUCCUUUUCGACCUUCCAGCACCUGGGAUGAUUCCCUCGGAUUUUGUAAGUGGUAUGGUAUCAUUUGGCUUUCAGGCUAUAACAAGUUUUAAUCAUAAUAGAAAAAUGCAUACUUUAACAUUGCACUGAAUAAAUAAUCGCGAUCAAAUUCAUUGU